GAUGACAGACAGUUAACUGUAUAAUUCUUUAUUCAUGAUUUGGAUUUCAAAAUGAUUUAACUUCUUAGUAAAAUGAGUCUCAGCCUACUUCCAAAUCAAGUAGGGAAGAAGAAUGACAGACAACGAUUCAGAGGCUUAUGCGGUGCAACUUCGGUCUUCCAUGGUCAUCGGACGGUACUUACUACUAGUAACCUAUACAGAGUGAAUCGACCAUUUUUCUCAGCUGAUCAAAGCUGAUGAGCAGAAGAAGACCAGUCAUCAGCCGAUCAAAGCUAACUAAGGGCCAAGCAAGCACGCUAGCUAGCUGCCCAGUUGUACCGUACUGUACGUACUGGUGUGAAUUGUUGAACCCCAAAGACAGACCAGCAAAAAUGAAAAAAACUGGACUGAAGUGGUAGUAGUAGACUAGUAGCAGUAUUCGCUUUCAUGGUCAGAGGAGAGGAGGGGCCGAAGUUGAAUACUCGGACUAGUAGUUGAUUUUGACUUGCUAAAUUUGUUUUACUACUAUAUGUUGUUUUAACUUUAAAUCUGGUCUAGUCCUCGUACUCCUCCCACUCCGUGGUAACUCGUUCUCUGACACGGUGAAGAAGACUUCGUAAACGAGACGAGGGAAGACUUGGUAAGAAGAAUGGGAAUGGUCAAAACUUUUAUCGGUGGCGUGCGUCAAUGGUUGAUUUGAAGAGCUUUCUCAUUUUUUCCCUGGGGAAGAGAAGGCUUGAUUUGCUGUUCUCUAUCAUAUUUGCUUCUUUGCUGAAAAGAGCUAUCCUCUACUGCCAUUUCUUGGCUUUUAAUCAACAUCGAAAUGGCAGCACGCCCCCAUGUACCUCAAUUUGGCAACUGGGACAGCCAAGAAAAUGUUCCCUACACACGGUACUUCGAUAAUGCAAGGAAAGGUAGAGGUGGAAAGAUGAUAAAUCCCAACGACCCCGAGGAAAAUCCAGAAAUGUUUCGCCAGUUUGCUCCCCCAUCUCCAGCACCCUCUAAUAUUAGACCUCAAACGGAGGAACCAGUGGGACGGGGAGCUGUAAGGGCACAGCACGAGUAUCGUGGAAGUAGGGAAGAUGGUAAUUUCAGGCAAUUUGUGGAUUCUCCUGCACGUACUGAUAAUCCAGGCCGCAGGACCUCCGGUGAGUCAACUCAUCACAAUUCUGGUCGGCCAACCAGACAGAGUGCAGGGUCUGAGCACAGCUUCGAGCGGUCGCCACUACAUUCACAUCACCCGGCAAAGUUAGCAGGGAGAGGUGGCACAUCUCCUGCUUGGGAUGGAAAGAGCUCGCAUGACAGCAGCCAUGGGACAUAUGGGAAGUCCCGUAUGAAGCAAGUUAGUCGAGUGGAGGAAAGUCCUGAUAGAGGUGCUGCUGUUCCAAGAUUUGGUGACUGGGACGAGAACAAUCCUCAAUCAGCUGAUAAUUACACUCAUAUUUUCAACAAGGUGCGCGAGGAAAGGCAUACCGGCCCCUCAAAUCUCCAAGCAGGCAAUAAUUUCGAGCCAUCCUACCACAUGAAGCGGAAGCAAAAUGCCAGUGGCGAUCGUAAGGGAUGCUGCUUUCCAUGGUUUGGAAAAUGAGGAAUUUUUACCUUCUGGUGUCUAUUCAUCCCAUUUGAUGGACCUGUAAAUAGCCCUGAAGGAGUUUUGGUGCAUUUUCCCCCCCUCUCAAUUUGUCUUGUUGGUUGGGACAAUAAAUUUAAGGUUUCGGGUCUUCUUUUGUCCUGGAACUGGUCACUAGUGUUUUUGUGCCAAAUCUUAACUAGUGUUGUACGAUGUAGCUACCAAUUUCUGGUUACAUUUUUUCUGAAAUACAAAAUUAUUGAAAAGUGGCAGAUUCUUUAAUUAAAAAAGGAUGUUGCCUUUAGUUCCAUUUUUGCUGGUUGUUGCGCAAGAGCCAAUGUUCAAGCCAAUUCCACAAACACAAAUCAGGAGGGGCAAGAUAGUUAGAGAUUUGUUGCACUCUUAAAUUAGCCUUUCUAACUGUAACAGACAAUAAUGUAUGAACCAGGACAAGGUUAAAAUCGCAAGUAUAGUAUAUACUGGCACAGCCGCAAGACCCCAUGCAUAUUGCAGGAUAGCAAUUCCAAGCUAUGGAAGCUGUCCUGUGUCCAUGGAUUGUUAUACCAGGCUUUUCAUUUCAAUUUAAAAAAGGCCUUCAUUGGAUUUGUCCUCCUAA